CUGAAGUUUGAGUAACAGCCCAGUGAUUUUAUCCAAUAAAUGUAAACUCCGUCUUCGUCGCACAUCCUAAACCUAAAACCCUAGCGGGAAUUGCUUUCUUAUUCCACAAACACAAAGAAGGGUUUUCUUUUUGGCGGUGAAUCUGACGACCGCGGGAUCCCGGUGACAAAGCCCUAAUCUUCAUUCGUCCGAAACCGCCAUCGAGAAUCAGGUUCUAAUGGCUGCCAACAACAGCCCUCUCCCCGAUGGUGUGACCAAAGAACAGGCCUUUGGCAUGGCGGAGACUGAGAUGGAAUACAGAGUGGAGUUGUUCAAUAGGCUUUCACAGACAUGCUUCAGUAAGUGUGUUGACAAAAGGUACAAGGAGUCUGAGCUGAACAUGGGCGAGAAUAGCUGCAUUGAUCGCUGUGUUUCAAAGUAUUGGCUGGUGAACGGACUUGUUGGUCAGAUGCUAAGUGCUGGUGGUCAGCGUCCCAUGUGAAAUGCCAGAGCUUAGCUUGAUAUCUCUGGGCCUUGGAAUUCUGCGAGGACACCAAACCAUUUAUGUUUUUUUUUUUUUAUCUUGUUCCGGAUAUAUUCACUGUAAGAACUAGCGUUACUCUGCAAAGAAUUCCUAGAUAUUUUCUGCGUAUAGUGAAUAGGGAAGCCAUUUUUGGGCUGAUCUUGUUCCAGGCAUGAUGUGAUUGUGGGUUGUGGUUAUCACAUAGUGCCCUGCCCCUGGUGGAUUUUCAUAAUAAGAUCCUACUGAUUCACUAAUCUAUAUUUAGUAUUUACUUUUCUACUA